GGUCGGCGCCGGGCUUGCCGGUCCCUGUCGGAGAGGGCGGCCGCCGGGUCGGGGCUGGGGCUUCGCGUCCGCCAUGGCCCUCGGUUACGAGUAUGUGAGCGCCGAGCAGCUGGCUGGCUUUGACAAGUACAAGUACAGUGCUCUGGACACCAAUCCCCUCUCUCUCUAUGUAAUGCACCCAUUUUGGAAUACUAUAGUGAAGAUUUUCCCUACGUGGCUGGCCCCAAAUCUGAUCACUUUUUCUGGUUUUCUGCUGCUUGUAUUCAAUUUCUUACUCAUGGCAUACUUUGACCCUGACUUUUAUGCAUCAGCUCCAGGUCAAAAGCAUGUACCCGAUUGGGUGUGGAUUGUAGUGGGCAUCCUCAAUUUCACAGCCUACACAUUAGAUGGUGUGGAUGGAAAGCAAGCUCGGAGAACCAAUUCCAGCACCCCCUUAGGAGAACUCUUUGAUCAUGGCCUAGAUAGCUGGGCCUGUGUUUACUUUGUAGUGACUGUGUACUCCAUUUUUGGCAGAGGAAGGACUGGCGUCAGUGUUUUUGUUCUCUAUCUCCUCUUAUGGGUGGUCUUAUUUUCUUUCAUCCUUUCCCACUGGGAAAAGUAUAACACAGGGAUUCUCUUUCUGCCAUGGGGAUAUGACAUGAGUCAGGUGACUAUUUCUAUUGUCUACAUAGUGACUGCAGUUGUGGGAGUUGAGGCCUGGUAUGAACCUUUCCUGUUUAAUUUCUUAUAUAGAGACCUAUUCACAACAAUGAUUAUUGGGUGUGCAGUAACUGUGACUCUGCCAAUGAGUUUAUAUAAUUUUUGCAAAGCCUAUAGAAAUAAGACCUUGAAGUACAGUUCAGUCUAUGAAACGAUGCUGCCCUUUGUGUCUCCAUGUUUACUCUUCACUCUUUCUACAACCUGGAUUUUCUUAUCACCAUCCAAUAUUCUAGAGACUCAUCCUCGACUGUUCUACUUCAUGGUUGGAACAUUGUUUGCCAACAUAACAUGCCAGCUGAUUGUCUGUCAGAUGAGCAACACCCGGUGUCAACCUUUGAAUUGGUUGCUUAUGCCACUGGCCUUGGUCAUUCUUGUGGUACACUCAGGAUUAGCUCCUCACAGUGAAACCUUUCUUCUCUAUUCGUUGACUGCUCUUGUUACUGUGGCCCAUAUCCAUUAUGGAAUUCGAGUGGUAAACCAGCUAAGCAAGCACUUUAAAAUCCUGCCCUUUUCACUAAGGAAACCAAGUUCAGAUUGACUAGGCCUCGAAGAGGAGAAAAUCGGCCUGCAGUCUGCAGAACAACUGUAAAUAUGCUGACUGCAUUAGUUUGUAAAUACUUCAACCAUCACCACAAAACUAAAUCUAUCCACGGGAUGAACAAACUUGGGAACGAAAUAUGUGGGGCUCCAGACAUGGUCAGUUGGGACACAGCAUACGAUCAGGACUCCCCUCUGUCAACCGUGUCUCCUCCACUCCCCCUCAAAAAAUGUUUUUGAUGAAACCAGAUGACGGCGGUCACCUUUUUAUGUUAAAAUAUGUUUUUAGACCAGCAAACUCUUCCAGGGGCAUCCACUUACUAAUUUUUGUUCAGAAAUGGCCGUGAAUUUUUUUUAAUUUUUUUUUUUAAUGACAAGCUGGAUUAGCAUUCAUAAAAACAGUGCGUUUUUAUAUUUAGUGACUUAACGGGUUUUACUUAUCUGCAGAAUGACUUGCAGUGGCUCCAAAGUCACAGGAGCCGAUCACCUUCAGCAAAGGAUGCCAAAUUAUUCUCGAAGGACUGGAACCACAAGUCACUUGUACAGCUGCCAAUACUGGCUCCUCUUUCCCAUGGAAAUGCCUUGUCUUCAUGCUGUCUCAGCUGACAUUUGAUUGAUUCCUUGACAUCAUGCCACCUCUUUCCUCUGGAGUAGGUUGAGACAAAUGGUUUUAUAAUUUUUUUUAAAGAAACACAUUAUUUUGGGAUUGAGAAACAAGAAGGGUUUAAUUUUGUAAUUUAAGACAUUUUUAGUUGUAUCUUUCCCAGGUGCGAGCUGCUUGGUUACAGUUUUGAAGAGUUCUUGUGGACCAUGUAUUGUAUGACUGCAUUUGACAUGCCUGAUUAUGAGACCACAUAUUUGCUUCCAAUGAGGAAUAGAGAUGAAGUAUCUUUUAGGAAAAAUUCAUUUUGGAUUUGAGAAAUAGGAUAGGUCACCCACAAAUAUCCAGUGACCUGAGAUGAGUCUUUUGAGACCUAUUGUGUGGAUUUUUGACUUCAACUUAUUCUAUCAGGUAUACAUUAGGAAAUGUUUCCCCAUCCCCCUAUACAAGUUAAACAAGAUGUGAAUGUAAUUUGCCUUACUGAGCGUGCAUAGCUCAGAGUUAGGGGAGUUUAGAGAAUAUUAUUUGGAUGUGUACAGGUGAAAUAAUUUUUUUGCAUAUAAUUGUUCCAGCAAUUUGCAUUUCAGGUAUAUUUUUACCUUUUUGUAUUAAAGCCUUUUUUUAGUUUUCCCUUUUUUCAGUUUGGUGGUGGUGAGGAUUUUACAUGCCGAUUUUCUUUAUCUUCCCAGUGAAUGAAGCUUGUGCUUGAAUGAAGAGUGCAUCUUAAACCCAUUUUUUUUGGAAAAGCUGCACUUGGAGAGAAAGGGCACGACUGUGUUUAUAUGUAAUUAAACUUGGAAAAUCAUUUUAUCCAUGAAUAAUUUAGUCCAUCACUAGCUUAAUUGCAGGGUCCAUCUUCUGUGGGUUAUUAGAAAUGUGAAAGCCAGAGGCUUCUUCAUGACCUUAUGCUUUAAUUUCCAUUUGUAUGUAUAAUGUAUUUGACCUUAUCUAAAACAGAAGGGAACACUGCAUGGAAAGGACACAGAUCAUUACUGGAAAAUGUAGCUAGUGAUUCAUUGUUUUCAUCAUGGUUGUUGGAGAUCCUGAUUAAUUGAAAUCAGAUUUGUUUCUUUUAUUUGAUCAUAUAUAUGUUAUCUGCUACCUGAAACGGCUAAGCCGAUGAUCUGGAAAUUGGAGGGAGUGGCUUUGCUUUGAGUUCAAUUAUUAGUUUACUGACAUUGUACAAAAAAUUUGCUAUCAGUUGGAAAGUGCUUGAAUUCUCAGCCACUGCUUGUGUGUUAUUAUAUAGACCCAGAUCAUUUGUUUAAAGGAAAUUGUAGAGUUGCACAGAAUAUGACAUUGAAAAAUAGAACCGAUGAGCUUGUAUACAAAGUGGAAAAGUCUGGAACAUAAUUGUUCCUUCCACUAAAUUGUAGAACACCAAUAUCUUCUCUUAUCUGGUUUAGCUCAAAAAUGGAUCUUGAGUAUUCCAAAAGUACAAAACUUUAAAAAUUAUAUUGUGUUUUGCUUGUAAGGGACCUGCCCCUGUAAUAUUAAAAACAGCUCAUCAGUUCCAUGGGAGUUAGUGAUAAAGUGUUUUGACCGGUAGCAAGGUUAAAAGAAGCCUUGAGUUGUCACUCCAUCAUUCUGCUGAUCUUUUCUCUGGUUAUAGUCAGCUGUCCCUCUGGUUGGAAUCAAACCUUGGAAGGCACCUAUUUAUUCUUUGUUCCUCAACAACUGAAGAGGAACCUAGUUGUAAAUAACUUUAUUGUACGCCAGCUUCCAGAACACCAUUUGCAAAGCUCGACUAACAUUUUUUCUACUUGCAUAUGUUAUUUUAGGGACGGUCAAAGUGGAAAGUUCAAAUUUUCUUUCUCCAGUUUACCAUUGUCAGUUAGAAGCAUAAUCACUAGAGCUAUCUGAUGAAAGUAACGGUUCUUCUCCACCAGUUUUCUGGGCCUUUCAGAACUGAUUGCCUUAGCCGGGCCAGGGAUUUGCCCUUAAUCACUGAAACUUGGGCUUUGUGUCCUACUUAUCAAGGGGACAUGGACUGCUGAUUUCACAACUCUCCCAUUUUGAUCUCAUGAAAGCAAUGUUGUAGGUGACUCCUGAAUUCCAUCCUAUUUGUGUUAGGUAAACAUGCACCCCAAGGGAAGUCGGGGACAAAAGUCAAACUGUGAUUCCUUUCUUGCUACACUUGCUUUGGCAUUAAAUAACUAGCCAGUAGUACUUUUUGUGACCCUACUUUCCAAAUCGGUCAGGCAUCAACAAGCUUUGCCCUCUGCAUGCCAAGCCAGGGGCCAGGGUCAGCCAUGGCUUAGGUCAGCAGUGAUGCCUCAGCAGCGAAAGCAUCCAAUAUCAUGUGACUGCCACCUAUAACAGAAGCCAGUUGAGAGAAAGUGGUGUGUUUUUUGAAACGAUGGAAGCAGUCCCAGAUGGGGUGGGGGACAGCGGCAGCAUGGGAUUGGCUCCUCACUCUCUGACUCACAGAGGCUAUUAAGAACUGGUCAGUUUUUCACAGAAUAGGGUAAUGAGGGUUAGAUAUACAGCACACAAGUUUUGGGUUUUGAAACAAGACAAUCCAUUUUUUCCUUUUGAAAUUUUACCCAACACUCAAAAAGCAGAUUGUUCUAGGCAGUUGUAAAUGGGAAUGGAAGCUAAGCGAUUGAUUUCAAUUCUGAAAUUAUAUCAGUGUAAAUGGGGAAAAUGAUAAUUUGGCCAAAAAGAGAAACUGGAAUGGGAGCUGAAAUUACAUGAAGUGAAUGUAGGGGCAAAAUUGUAUGAUAUAGGUUUUUCAUUAACUUUUGUGUUAAGUCUUUAGGAUUUUCUGUGACCCACAGUGUUAGGAGUGCUUAGUAAAGUGUUACGUGGUGCAAGUUGCUUAGAUGUUCAGUUGGAAACAAACCAAAAAGGUGUCUUAGGUGGGCCACACCCUCUUGAACACACUUUGCACUCUGGAGAUGGCCCUGAGUAGAGAGGGAGAAAUCAGUAAUAAUUUUAAAUCAUUGGGGAGUGUUUUAACCACAAGACAUUGUUGUAGCUAGAAGCCUAAUCACUGGCUUCUGCGUCUUUCAGAGACGCUCCCUUUCCUUCUUCCUCUGCCUCCCAUUACUGGCCAUUCUGAAGCGUGGUUUCUUAGGCCUUCCCAUUGGGCUUUACCUCUUGAGCUAAGAGGCAGGUGUCCUGUGUAGGACAUUACACCUAAAGGCAACAGAGCGGACCUAGCCUGUGAUGAACUCUUAUGGCUUUUGCUUCCAAGAAGAGCCAGUAAUUGAUCUAGAGGCUUUGAAUUUUGUGUUGACAGCUUGAACUGGUUUCCGGGAAAAUCCAAGAAAGGCAAGGGUGGCUGAAGAGGUGUGUUGUGUUGUAGAAAGUCCUUCCUUGAACUUCCCCAUGGUUGAAUAGCCCUACUAUAUUAAUCACAGUCAGUUCUCUAAUAACAUGGGUGUGAAGGUCGUGAAGAGACUUUUGUUAAGGAAAACUCAGGUUACAGUUCCAACCUUCCCCUUCCCAGCACGUGACACGGUCAUUUCUUCCAGCACCGCAUGGCGUUCUACCCAGACACAUGUGUUGUUGGAAAAACAUUCCUUAAUUCUUCAAAAACGUUAACAUGUAAGGAAAACAUGCUUUAUAUGAAAACUGACUAUAUUGGCCUUGGCCUACAGGUUGCUGAAUUUAAGGCACUUUUGCAUGUGGUAUUUAAAAUGGACCCUCUUUAUAGUAAUACAGCUUUUGUCAUUUAUUGUAUUAAUUGAAUGUGAAUCGCUCUGCUUUUUAGGAAGCUUUGUUAAUUCUGUGAUUUUUUUUUUCCUUUUUAAACUUUUUAAAUGAUGUGACCUCAAUGACUGCUUUCUACACCGGAGUAUUCAGUUUUGAUAAUGUGAUAUUAUGUAAUUGCUGAGAGGACAAUACAAUUAAUGGUUUUAAUGUGGGACUAAAAAUAAAUCAUGGUGGGGUGAUUAACUCAUCACUUUAAGGGGGACUUAUUAGGUCUUGGUGAAGAAGAGAUUUCUUGGUGAAGAAACUGGCAGUAUUUCCAUGAUGAAUGCCUUUCUUCCCCUCUGGCUUAUGGUGGUAAAAUGCAGCGUUAAACACAGGUAAUGGUGAGACCAGAUAGCCAGGAGAGGCCAGUUUUUUAAAAAAACUAUAAGCAAAUUACUGCUUGCAGUAGCCUAGGUGGUUGGACAGUCUACCUGUCCAGAGGAGACUGUUUAGCAUGAAUUGAUUAGCAUGUUAUAUUUGCUCACUCUCAAACUGCUCAGUUAGAAUAGGAAAGCACUGAAGGGUGGGAUGAUAAAGGGGAAAAGGGCCUAAGCAUCUUGGCUGCAUCUAGAGUUCCUUGGCUUUUUCAUUUUAGUGGCUUUGAAAGGUGUUCAUACCAAAAUUUAGAGUUUUUUAUUGUUCAUCUUGUACCAUUACUGGUCAUAAAUUCUGAAUUCUCCAGGGUGAAUUCAUAGUUUCUGAAUCCUUGUCAAUAAGGUAAAUCACAAAUAAGGACUUGGCUUAUAGAAGAUUUAGUUGCUUAAGGGACCUCAGUUGGGAAUGAUGGCCUGCUCAUCUUACAGUUUCAAUCUGACUCACUUGCUCCAUUGAAUCAGUUCCAGUCUGUUUUUGUGACAUAGAUAUUAUUUCCAGAUUAGGGCAGUGUGACAUAAUCUUUUCUCAUUGGUAGUAAAUUCAUUCUUACAGCCUGGAGGAGAAGCCUUUCAGGGAUCUGUCCAAAUACAAUCAGUAGCUCAUUUUUCAACUGUGCCAAGAAAUCAGUUUGGGGCUAGACUCCAAAUUUCAAGGGUGAGCUAACAAAUUCCCUCUUUCGACAAGAGGAAAGGCGGUGAGUAAAUUUUACCUGCAUAAUGCCAAGAUGAAACAUAACCUUCCCCUCUUCCGGUCCCACCCUUAGUCUGCAGGAACAGAUGCCAAGCUGGCGGCCAGCUGUCAAAUUAUUGAACACUAGUAAACUCUCAAGAUGUGGGAAUGAGAAUAGGUGUCAGGCCAAUUGUUUUUGCUAUAGAAAUAGUCAGGUUUGAGCCUUCUAUAACAUGCUCUAUUUAACCACGAAGCAAUGUUAACUGCAUUUGGAAAGUAGUGGGAAAGAAGGUUGAAUCACUGCAUGACAAUGAGCAAUACAACUCUGUUUUUCUUUAAAAAGGCAGUUUGCAGAGCUAGUGAUGAAACAUGGCUACUAAUUAGUCUGGCAGCACCAAUAAUAUCCAGACAAGUUGAUGCAGCAUUUUUGUGCAUUAUAUAUUGGGCUAUUUAUAGGGUAUGUAUAUACAUGGUAUAUAUGUAUAUGUAUGUUUCUACUAUAUUAAUGUAGAAUGGAUGUUGACUAUCAGAAACCUCUGAGCAUGUGCAGAAGAGUCUGAUCAAGGUAACAUCCCGGGGCAGUGAGUGGCAGUCAGUCAACUUUUUCUGGACACCCCCUGCCACUCCUCCCCCACAUUCCCCUGUGCUGUCACCUCCACCUCUGUUAUUCCCUGUCAUGUGACGUGGGAUUUUAUGGGUUAUGUGUGCAUACACACAUAUGUAUUUAUCUCAUCACUGGAUUCCUGGAAGCCCUUCCAUUUCAUCAAGAUUCCUGUUCUUGCUGCUAGGAACCUAAAGGUUCUGCGGUGGGUUUUAAUGCCGAACUGUUGACUGCUAUUAUCAGUAAAUAUUUAUUGUAAAAAAUGAAGUGAACAGUAAAUAAAAUUUUCAAAGUCUUUUAA